CUCAAAAGUAAACGCUUUCGUCCCAAAAACCAAACAUCAUAAUGCUGAUUGGAGAUGGAUGGAAUAAACAAUUAGGACAAUCUAAGAUGAUAACUAACUACAAAGAAAGAGUGCAUAACUGAUAAAAAAAAAUGAAAAAAAAUCACCUGUUGCUGUCGGUCGCCUUCUUUCGUCGCUAUAAUAUGUGCAAUUUCUGGCAUUCUGACCUGACUUAUCAGUGCUUUGAUUCCUUGGUUCAUAUGUAGUGUUUCCCCUUCCAUCGAAGUUCUUGAUUUCUCUUACAAUCAAUUCAAUGGCUCUAUAACCCAAGAGGUACGACAUUGUCUACGGUUGGAAACUUUACGAGCGGGGGUUCAAUGAUGUAUCUGGACCUCUGCCCCUAUAUAUGUACAAGUUGCCAAAAUUGCAAGAAUUCUCAUUUCCUGUGAACAAGAUCAAUGGUUCACUCAGCAGUGAAAUCGCCAGUCUAAAUAAACUUAGGGUCCUUUCCCUGCAUUCCAAUGAAUUGACCGGUGUGAUCCCUCCAGAAAUCGGAAAACUCUCCAACCUGGAACUCCUACUCCUUAACUCGAAUAAUCUCAAUGGUGUUCUGCCCCUUCCUCUUUCAAAUUGUACGAAACUCACAGUACUAACCCUCAGGGGCAACUUUCUUACUGGUGAUCUUUCUCUUUUUGAUUUCUCCAAAUUUGUGAAACUUCGCAUGAUUGACUUCGGAAAUAAUGCUUUCUACGGCACCCUUCCAGCGACCCUUUUUGCUUGCAAGUCAUUAAUAGCAGUUAGGCUUGCCAUGAAUCAUCUGAAUGGAGAAAUCCCACAAAACAUUCAGGAGCUAGAAUCACUUUCGUUUCUUUCACUUUCUAAUAACUCCCUGACUAAUGUCAAUGCAGCAAUUAGAAUUCUAUCUCGUUGUAGAUCUCUCAGCAUUGUGCUUCUUUCCUUGAAUUUCUAUGACGAUGCAAUGCAAGGAGAUGAUGAUGACAAUUUCAUCGAUUCUAAAGGGUUUCAAAAUCUCCAAGUUUUUGGUCUAGGUGGUUGCCACAUUAGCGGCCAUAUUCCAGGUUGGCUGGCAAAGCUGCGGAAGCUGAAGGUCCUUGACUUAUCACAUAAUCAUCUAACAGGCUCCAUUCCAAGUUUCUUUGGGAGUCUGCCAAACUUAUUUUACUUGGAUUUGUCUCAAAACAGUCUAUCUGGAAACUUUCCUGUAGAACUUACCAGAAUGCCAAGAUUAGGAAGCAAGGCUAUAGAUGAAGUGGAUCAAACUAGCUUGCAUUUGCCGGUGUUUGUCAAGCUUGAGAAUACUUCCAAUAUGCAAUACACACAAAUAUCUAGCCUCCCCCCAACACCAUAUUUGAGAUCAAAUAACCUUAGUGGAAACAUCCCAGUUGAGAUCAGCCGGUUGAAGUUUAUACAUAAUUUAGAUCUCAGUGACAACCUUUUUUCAGGAAGCAUUCCUAACACGUUCUCUUAUUAA